CACUAACAAGCAAUUGUGCAGCUAACUUAACGUCGUUGUAAGCAGAAUUUGCAGAGAAAAUAUAUUGAAAAAAUUGUGUGUAUAGCAUGUGAAAACAAAGUUUUGUUUUUAUUUGUUUCGAUUGCAAUUAAGAAGUGCGCUGCGUUAGAAUAUAGGCAAAAAACGGAUAAACACACUGCUUAAAAUGCUGCCCAACGAAGACGAAGUUUCUGUUGACUAAUAACAAGAGAGUGUGUGUGCGUGUAACUGUCCGAGUGCAUGAGCGUGUGAGCGAGUGUAUGUGAGUAGCGCGUGUGCGUGUGCCUGUGUGUGUGGAGUGCAGAAAUGUUUUCCAGCGGUGGCAGCCAUGGGAUUAGCGUUGGCGUUUCAUCUGCCGCAUCCAUGCAGAGCUCCUCCGAUGGUGGUUAUGACUUUACAAAAAUCGAAAACGCUGCACGCUGGCGAGGACUGUUCAUCCCAUCGUUGCGCAAGGUGCUGGAGCAAGUGAAUCCUAACGUCACGGCCAAGGAAGAUGCAUUGCUCUAUGUGGAGAAUCUCUGCGUGCGCCUGCUGGCCAAAUUGUGCACCAAACCGUUGCCACAUUCGGUUCAAGAUGUGGAGGAAAAGGUAAACAAAUCUUUUCCCGUGCCUAUCGUGCAAUGGGCCCUCAAGGAGGCCAACGAGGUGAUCAAUUCCAAGAAACGUAAAUCUCUGCUACCCACGGAACGGGUGCAUACGCUCCUGCAAAAGGAUGUGCUGCAGUAUAAAAUCGAUAACUCUGUUUCGGCCUAUUUGGUGGCGGUGCUUGAGUGUAUCUCCAGCGAUAUACUUAAGAUGGCUGCCGAAUAUGUGUGCAAUAUCUCGCACUGUGAGAUUGUCAAAGAGGAUCUGGAGGUGGUCAUGAAUGCCGAACGUGUCCUCGACAUGUUGGACAUGCUGGACCAGAGCAGCGAGCAACUGAAAUGCAAUAUGCUGCCCAGUCCACUAUCGUUGCCGGCGCAAAGGGCAAGCGCUACAUACGAGGAAACGGUGAAGGAGCUGAUCAACGAUGAGAAGCAAUAUCAGCGAGAUCUGCACAUGAUUAUUCGAGUGUUUCGCGAGGAACUGGUGAAGAUAGCACGCGACCCAAAGGAACUCGAACCGAUCUUCUCAAAUAUUAUGGACAUCUAUGAGGUGACGGUGACACUGCUGGGCUCUCUCGAGGAUGUGAUUGAGAUGUCGCAGGAACAGAAUGCGCCGUGUGUCGCGAGCUGCUUUGAGGAGCUCGCUGAGGCCGAGGAGUUCGAUGUGUACAAAAAGUAUGCCUACGAUGUGACCUCGCAAGCAGCGCGCGAUGCUUUAAGUAGUCUCCUGGCUAAUCCCAAUGCACCUUCGCUUAUGUCAGCGGGUCAUGGUUUUCGGGAGGCGGUCAAGUAUUAUUUGCCCAAGCUGUUGCUGGUGCCCAUCUGCCAUGCAUUUGUCUAUUUUGAUUAUAUCAAACACCUCAUGGAUCUCAGUACAUCACAGGACGACAUCGAGAGCUUUGCCCAAGUGCAGGGACUACUGCAUCCGCUGCAUCGCGAUCUUGAGAAAGUCAUGGCCAAUCUGUCCAUGCCGGUGCCAGUUAGCGGACGUGUGCGACGUCAAAUGGCAAUUGAACGCACACGCGAACUGCAGAUGAAAGUCGAACAUUGGGACGACAAGGAUGUCGGUCUGAAUUGCAACGAGUUCAUACGCGAGGACUCGUUGAGUAAACUCGGAUCCGGCAAACGCAUUUGGAGUGAACGUAAGGUGUUUCUUUUCGAUGGUCUCAUGGUGCUUUGCAAAGCGAAUACCAAGAAACAAACGCCAUCAGCGGGCGCCACUGCCUACGAGUAUCGUCUGAAGGAGAAGUUCUUUAUGCGACGUGUGGAGAUUUGUGAUCGCGCGGAUACCGAGGAACUGAAGCACAGCUUUGAGCUCACAACACGCAUGCAUCCAGCAAUUGUAUUGUCAGCGCAAAGUGCACAGGAUAAAAACAAUUUUAUGGCAGAUCUAAUUAUGGUGAAUACGAAAUCAAUGCUUGAUCGGAUUUUGGACAGCAUACUGCAGGACAUUGAACGAAAGCAUCCGUUACGCAUGCCCAGUCCUGAAAUUUAUAAAUUCGCUAUCCCCGACAGUGCCGAGAAUAUUGUGCUCGAGGAUAGGGACAGUGGUGUGGUGCCGAUGAUAAAGGGUGCAACGCUCUGUAAAUUAAUUGAACGUCUCACCUAUCACAUUUAUGCGGACCCCACAUUUGUGCGAACUUUUCUUACCACAUAUCGUUACUUUUGUUCGCCUCAGCAGCUGCUGACGCUGCUAAUCGAACGCUUUGAGAUACCAGAGCCUAGUUUGGUGUAUCAAGAGCAGCCCUCUAUUGGCAGCAGUGGCGGCAAUGAUCUCGACAAGGAUGGCACCACAACGACGGCGACAGCGGAUAGCGACAAGAUGUUGAAGAACUCGCAGCGCGAGGAUUGGAAACGAUAUCGCAAGGAGUUUGUACAGCCGGUGCAAUUUCGUGUAUUGAACGUAUUGCGACACUGGGUGGACCAUCAUUUCUAUGAUUUUGAGAAGGAUCCGACACUACUGGACAGACUGUUGCAUUUCCUAAACGAUGUCAACAGUAAAUCCAUGCGUAAAUGGGUCGACUCCGUACGCAAAAUUGUUGAUCGCAAGAACAAACAAAGCAAUAAGAAGAUUGUCUAUGCCUACGGUCAUGAUCCGCCGCCGAUUGAGUUUCAUUUAAAUGUGCCAGAAGAUGAGAUUACGCUACUGACAUUGCAUCCACUUGAGGCGGCGCGUCAGCUAACACUAUUGGAGUUCGAGAUGUACAAGAAUGUGAAGCCAUCGGAACUGGUCGGCUCGCCGUGGACCAAGAAGGACAAAGAGUUGAAAAGUCCUAAUCUGCUGAAGAUCAUGAAGCACACUACAAAUGUGACGCGUUGGAUUGAGAAGUCCAUCAUGGAAGCAGAGAAUUUUGAUGAGCGCUUGGCCAUCAUGCAGCGCUCUAUUGAGGUGAUGAUGGUGAUGCUGGAGCUAAACAAUUUUAAUGGCAUUCUGUCGAUAGUCGCAGCCAUGGGCACGGCAGCGGUGUUUCGGCUGCGUGCCACAUUUAAUGGUCUGCCGGAGCGGCAUCGCAAGUUUCUGGACGAGUGUCGAGAACUGAGCGAAGACCAUUUAAAAAAAUACCAGGAACGCUUGCGUUCCAUUAAUCCGCCCUGUGUGCCAUUCUUUGGUCGUUACCUAACACAUAUACUGCAUCUGGAGGAGGGCAAUCCGGAUCUGUUGACCAAUACGGAGUUGAUAAACUUCUCGAAACGACGAAAAGUUUCGGAAAUCAUUGGUGAGAUACAGCAGUAUCAGAAUCAACCAUAUUGCCUCAACGAGGAGCCAACCAUACGGCACUUUUUUGAGCAACUCGAUCCCUUCAAUGGACGUUCUGACAAGGAAAUGUCCGACUAUCUCUACAAUGAGAGUCUGCGCAUUGAGCCGCGCUCCUGCAAGACGGUGCCCAAAUUUCCCCGUAAGUGGCCGAACAUUCCGCUUAAAUCGCCGGGCAUUAAGCCUCGACGUCACAAUCAGAACAACAACAGCAACAAGCUGUCCAACAAUGCGCCGAUCAACGUUGAACAGCCAACGGCGUCAACAUCAUCAACAGCAUCAGCAGCGUCCAGCGUAGGUGUCGGGGAUCAAAGUCCACAACACAACCCGCAUGCGUAUUCUGUGUUUGCACCCGUCAUCAUACCGGAGCGCAAUGGCGGCAGCACAUGGAGUGGCAUUUCAUUGCAUCGGACGACAGACAAUGGUGAGGUGGCGCCGGCGCCGCACUUGCCCCGAAAGCCAGCGGCGCACGUGUGGACGCACAACAAUAACAUUGCGGCAACGGAUAACUUUAGUCCAGCACUAUCAGAGCAGCAGCUUCCACUAGCAACGGCAGCAACAGCAUCUGCUAACAGCAGUUGGGGCAAUGUGAACGAUUUUUAUGUGAGUUCUGAUGUAUCGGAUGUGCUGCCGCCAUCGCCGCUUCCCAAAUUGAUGAUAAGUCCACGUCACGAGGCAGUUCCGCAACCGCCACCAGCAGGCAAUCGUUCACCAUUCCAUGGACGUGCUCCGCAGAUGCAGAUGCAGUACAGUCCCACGCACAGCAUUGCCAGCACUGUGACACUCAUUGGCGGUGGCUUGGGCGAUGUAAGUCCACAGCUUGGUGGUUUCUAUUAUAACAGUGAGCAGGGCCAGACGGGUGCGGUGCCCAUAUCGCCGCACGUCAAUGUGCCAACAGCCACGCUAGAGUAUAGAGCAGUUCCACCACCACUACCACCGCGCCGCAAGGAGCGCACCGAAAGUUGCGCCGACAUGGCGCAAAAGCAACAGGCUCCCGAUGCACCCACUCUUCCGCCACGCGAUGGCGAACUGAGUCCGCCGCCAAUACCGCCUCGACUCAAUCAUUCCAUGGCAGCGGGCUAUGGACGUCAGCCAAGAGAGUUUGUGGGUAAAAGCAGCAGUCUUUUGCUGCCUAACACGAGCAGUAUUAUGAUACGCCGCAAUUCGGCAAAACAACCAUCGCUGGGGGUUGGUGCAACAACAGCCGCUGCUGCCACAGCAACGGCAUUGAGCUCAACCAAUGCCAUAGCUUCAACGCUAAUCAAUGCCUCACAUUCGUCGGCGUCAACGAUAGCAUCCAUUGGAAUAGCCAGCGAUGAGCAGCAACUGCAACAGCAGCAGCCACCGCAGUCGAUCUCACCGGCGUUAAGCUCCUCCACAACCACAUCACCGAUGACACCAAUGACGCCCAUGUCCCCGUACAUUCCCAGCACAAUUGAAAACAGCACGUCGAGCAGUUAUCCGCAUCAAGCGCGUCUCAGAUCACAGCAGCAACAACAACAGCAGCAGCAACAGCCAGUGAUUUUUGCACAGCAGCAACAACAACAAACGCAUCAUCAUCAUCACCAUCAUUCGCAACAGCUACAGCAACAACAUCAUCACCAAACGCAUCAUACGCAUACGCAUUCACAUCCGCACACUCAACAUCAUCCAUCACAGCUCCCAAAUAGACGCUCGUCCCCAAAGGAAUUCUUUCCGAUUAAUACGAGCCACGAGGGCACACCCAAACUUCCACCAAAACCUAGUCUAAGCGCAAACUUCUACAACAAUCCAGAUAAAGGUACGAUGUUUCUUUACCCAAGUACAAACCAAGAAUAAUAUUUAUUGCCUGGCGAUGUGUGAUAGGACAAAAACAAAAUGGAAAAUACAAAACAAUGCCAAGAUACGUUGAAACGUGGGGCGGCAAGUGCAGCAUAGGAUAUAACUGAACGAGAGAUACAAAAUGAAACAAAUAAGAAGUGUAUAUGUUUGUGUGUGUAUUCAAAUGAGAUAUAAAUCUGACCGAUUUUUAUUAUUCGAAACUCAAAGCAAAAUGCAAAUUUAUGUUAUUAUAUUAAUUAUAUUAUAAACAAUUGUAAAUAUCAAGAACAUUGUAAUGAUCGUAGAGCGUAAAAACAAUAAAGUAUAACACUAUUGUUAGACAUUCGCACCGAUCGUUUAUUCUACACAUUUACUAUAUCAAAUUGAGAUUGCAGUUG